AUGCUUGUUAAAGUCAAGACCUUGACCGGUAAAGAAAUUGAAAUUGAUAUUGAACCCAAUGACAAGAUUUCUCGCAUCAAAGAACGUGUAGAGGAGAAAGAAGGUAUCCCUCCACCUCAGCAACGUUUGAUUUACAGUGGAAAGCAAAUGGCUGAUGAGAUGACAGCUACUCAAUAUGGCAUUGAAGGUGGUUCUGUUCUUCAUUUAGUGUUGGCUCUUCGCGGUGGUCAAUAA